AUGGAUCCAGCAAACCAUCUCAAGCAGGACACUGGACAUCCUAUGAAGGAUCCAUCUAAAUACAGAAGGCAGAUUGGGAGACUACUCUAUCUUUGUAUAACCAGGCCUGAUAUAACCUUUGCGGUUCAUAAACUUAGCCAAUAUGUCUCCAAACCGUGUGAUGAACAUUGGGAAGCAACCGAGAAAAUACUUAGAUACUUGAAAAGAACUCCGGGACGUGGCUUAUUCUACUCCAUCUUUUCAGAUACAGAUUGGGCCGCGUGCCUUGAUACAAGAAGAUCCAUGACAGGUUACUGCCUCUUCUUUGGCUUAUCUUUAGUUUCUUGGAAAGCAAAGAAGCAACACAUUGUUUCGAGGUCAUCGGCAGAAGCCGAGUAUAGGGCCAUGGCACAUGCCACUUGUGAAGUAGUGUGGUGGCAUCAAAGUGGAAAAAGCAGUUCCCUUGUUUUGUGA